AUGCUAGAAACGAUUGUCGACACACAUGGAAUUGAUUCCUCGUUUUGGGAGCUCCCAUCGUGCUUUUAUCAACGUGAUGAUGAUUUCGAAGAUGUGUUUUGUGUUCCAUACACAUUAGUUCGCAAAGAAUCGGUCAUAGAAAUUUCAUACACCCUCAGAUACCCGGAGCAUAAAGCCAAUGGGGAGUGGGCGAUCAGACAAAGCGGCAUUUACCAUCAGAUGGACUUUUCAAAUUCACGGAGUUUAUUCAUUAUAUUCAACCCAACGCCUCGAUCAAAAGCACACUGUGAGGUGGAGAGGGCACUGCGAGAUAAGUCCUUGUUGAUCAAACGCGAACCGUUUUGGCUACAUCGAACUCUCUUCUCGGUCUACUCUCCUUCAUGGAGGGACUAUAUUAGAUCAUUGGAGCGACGGUUCUUACCCAUCGCCAAUACAGCAUUCGCGACAUUUAUCGACGAGCCAUUACGACUGAAUUACGACAAUCUCAGCGCAUUGAGUAACUUAGAGAUUCGCUUCCUUCAGAUCUCAACGAUCGUUGAAUCAACAACAGAAGCCAUCGAUGGACUUUGUCUGCUCUUUAAUGAACUGUCACGUCCCCAUUCUGAAGGUCAAGACUUGCGAAAUAUUUGUCGCAAAUGUCUUGUCUCAUCUCGAACAGCAACACAUCUCAAGAAUCGGGUGCAAACAAUGGUUCGAUUGCUUUCCGAUACACUGUUACUUCGCGAUCAGAUCGUUGCGAAUAAGCAGAACACAAAUAUGUUUCAGCUGAACAAGUCAGCCGUAUUUAUUACCACUUUGACGUUGCUUUAUCUACCGGCAUCAUUCAUGGCAACUUUCUUUGGUAUGAACUUUUUUGAUUUAGACCAGGAGAAUAAUCGCAUUGUUGGUUCUCCAACAAUAUGGAUUUUUAUUGUUGCUUCCACUGUACUGACUGCGAUUACAUUCCUUUUUUACUAUUGGUUAUUGCACCGUGACGGGGUUGUGUUUCGUAAGCUUGUGCCAAAAGUGCCAGAUUUGAAAUUACAGACAUUGAGAAGACAGUGGACGAAUCUUACGCAGGGAGAUGUGGAACUUCAAAGGAUGGAAUGCUAA